AUGCAAACACACAUCUCGAGGGCAGUUGAGGAAGGAAGGCAUACCAAAGAGGCGGCAGCUUACUUCGAGAGCAUCAUGAAUGAUAAACCAGAGUUCCGUUUGUUCAUGCGUGAGGCCCAGCGCCUCAUUGGGGAUCAGGACCCACGUGGUUUAACACGGUAUCAACAAACACACUACAGUGAGAAGUUGUCACGUUAUAUGAGUGGUGUAGCAUCGGAGCGGUUGAUGCGGGCGCACACGGAGGAUGAAAAUACGCGUCGGCACACACAUGAUGGUUCUCCGACGGGCGAAAACUAUUGGUUUGAGGCUGGUCAAAUUCUUGCUUCCCCCACCGUACCCAGUUUCGUGAAAGAUGAGGUACUACGUGAGAUGCGUGGCGGGCGAAAAGAGGACAGCCCUGCUUUCGAAGAGCCGAAGGCUGUGGCUGAGAUGGAAGCCGAUGAUGAAGGAUUCGCAGAGCAUCUGCGAAGGCAGCGGAAGCGGUUGCUCUCCCCCGAUGAUCACUUGAACUAA